CUCCCGCUUCCGCUGGCGGGGGCGGGCCCGUUAAAUGCCGCGGGGCCGGCGGGGGGGGCUGAAGCGUCUCCCUGGCCAUGGCUGAGGCUGUCUCACAGGAGCUCCUGCUGGCAGCAGCGUUUGUCUCUGAUGCGCAGUACAACAGAAAUAUUCCUUUUAAGACUUCCCCCGAGGCUGUCAGGCUUUAUUAUCUGUAUAACCACUGGUUUAUGCGAACGGCCACCUAUAUCUUCAUCUUUCUCAACCUCUCCCUGGCAGUGUUUGAAGAACCUGCUGUGUAUCCACUCCCUUUCCUGGCUACUUCUUUAGUGGAGGUGUUGUGCCUUCUGGUGUUCUUUGGCCGACUGAUGCAUUUUGCAAAAAUCACCCGUCGUAAUGUAUUUUGGAAGGAUACCAAGAACAUCUGCAUCAUGGUUGCAAUCCUGUUAUCUCUGACUGAUUUGGCCAUAUAUGGGGCCCUCAGGAUAUACAAUAUUAAGAGUGUUCGAUGGUCCAGAAUAGUGAGGCCCAUCUUCCUGGUCAACUUUGCAGAGAGUCGCCAGAUACGAAGAGCCUUCCGCAGCAUCCGCAAUACGCUGCCAGAGAUCACCUAUGUCUUCUUGCUCUUCAUGUUUAGCCUUCUCAUGUUCUCCCUCAUGGCUCUGAAGCUGUUUGGUGAGAGGAACCUCCAGACAGCAGAAGGCUUGCCAUAUUUUAGGGACUACCUAGAAAUUGUGUUUGACCUCUAUGUGUUGGUGACGACUGCAAACAGCCCGGAUGUCAUGAUGCCAGCAUUUGACUUCAGCUCGUGGUAUGCCUUGUUCUUCAUUGCCUUUGUCAUCAUCAACACUUACAUCUUCAUGUCACUCUUCCUGGCUGUUGUGUAUAACAACUACAAAAAACACCUGAAGAAUGAGAUCCGUACGCUUGCUUACAUGAAGCGCCGCAAGAUGAUAGAGGCCUUCAACCUCCUGAAGGAAGAGGAGGGAACGCAGUUUGUGGUUAGAGAAGCCCAGUGGAAGCAGCUUGUCAAGCUGGUGGCUCCUGAUAUCAGCAACUCCCACAGAGAGUUGCUGCUACGCAUCUCAGAUGAUGAGCAGAAGGGUUUCAUAGACAAAAAGUCCUUUGUGCAGCUGGCAGAUCUGCUCAACAUCCAGGUGAUUACCCUGAAAAUACGCAGCCAUCCAUUGGGGCAGUGGAUGCCUCGUGUAUACAAGUCAGCAGUGAGUCAGUUCCUGCGCAGCGUGGUUAGGCACAGGGGAUUUGUUUGGACUUAUGAUGUGAUCAUACUAAUAAAUGCGAUCUUCAUUGCUCUGGAUGAGGAAAGCCCUUAUAUUUCUUAUGCAGAGUGGGUCUUCCUUGCUUUAUAUAUAAUUGAGAUACUCCUGAAAGUAUACACGUAUGAACCAAGAGCAUUCUUUGGCAAGAAUCAGUUCUGGAACUGGUUUGAUACCCUCAUCAUCUUUGCUGCCUUGACUGCAACGAUACUCAAUACCACCCUGAAAUCGACCACGAAGUAUAACAGUCAACAGAUCCUGGACAUUGUCUUCAUAUUAAGGGUCCUCCGGCUAAUAAGGAUUGUUGACAGCAUACAAAGGUUCCGAGUCAUCAUGAACACGCUGAUAAACAUUGUGCCGACCAUGCUGACGUUUGGAGGGCUGACUCUGGUUGUGUACUGUAUAUUUGCUAUAAUUGGUAUGGAGUUAUUCCAUGGGAAAAUCCAGUUCUUCCCUGCAAACUCAAAUGCUCCUUAUGCCUUGGAAUGUGGAAACCCAGCUCUCAAGGAUUCUUUGUUUGCCCGUGGAAAAUACUGCAAGAACAACUUCAACAACUUUGCAUCUUCCUUCAUUGUUCUGAUGGAGCUCACUGUAGUCAACCAGUGGCAUGUCUUUGCCAAUGGAUUUGCCAAUGUGACUGCUCAGCCUGCAAAGCUUUAUUUCAUUGCCUUCCACAUUGUGAUGGUUAUAAUUAUUGUCAACAUCUUUGUGUCAUUCAUCUUGGAAGCUUUCUUUGUGGAGUACUCCCUAGAGAAGAGUGAAGUGGAGACAGCCAUUGAGCAAAAAAUCCAGGAGCUGGGAAUGGGAGUUCAAGAGGAGGCGCUCCAGGAUGAACAACUCCUUGAUAACAUGGAGAGUGCUGACAAUGACCUCGAGGGGGAAGGUGGAACAAAGGCACAGCCUAAAGGGCUGGUGUUUAAAAUUGCCUCCAAACGGUACAGGACAGUUGAUGCUCUACUUCAGCGUAUGUUUGAGGCUGAGAUACCUCUUGAAGAUGAAGGCCCUUCUUUUGAAGAGAUCUUAAACUUGUCCCCUGCCACUGCUGUACCUGGUGAUCUUACUUCUGAAAGAGCUGUGUAACUCAGGGUAAAAACACAGUGGUCGACAAGGAGGAGCUAAUCCUCAGCUGCACAGGUCUCCAGCACAUUUUCUGGCUGCCUGCCUUCAGUCACUGUGGUCAGGUACAUCAUGGAUGAGAUUAAACAGUUGAAGGGGCAGCUGAUGCAGGAAAUGGCACUGUCAUGUAAAGGAGCUUUAUCUUGUGUAAAGCUUCACGUGGAUGUGGAAACUGGAAAUGCUAUCACAGGAGAGCAGAUGGAGGGUUUGUGUAUCUGGUUGUGCAAGUCAAGUGCAGUAUUCAAUAUGUUAUGAAAUACCUAUUCCUUGUAACUGGAAUCUUGUAUUACAGCACUUUUAUAUGCAUAUAUGGAGCAAAGUAAGCUGCAUUAAACGGUUCUUGUUAGUACACUAAAUUUAGCAGUUAAUCAUUGACAUCUGUUAUUGUUUAAUGAUGGGAGGUGGCUGGGUACGCUGUGUGAUGAACUGCUAACAUACGCAGAGCACUUGAUGAUGACCUGUGUUCGUCAGUAACCUGAGAGCUGGAGACAGAGGCUAGGAUCCUUAUACAAGUACAGAAGGGAAACUA